AUGGAACAUCCCGAGGAGCGCUACUACAAGUUAAACCGAUUUCUUUUAUCGGUUACUGGGUUAUGGCCUUUUCAAAGCGAGUGGAGCGCUCGUUUUACAAGGACCGUUAUCACUGUUGUCAUGUUAUUAUGUAUAUUUGCUCAGAUAUCGAGUAUAUUUACAUCCGAUGUCAAUAUGGAUUUUUUUAUCGAAUUAUUACCAAUGCUUGUACCUACAGUAGGUAAUCUGUGCCAGUUGUAUACACGUAUUGUUCACAUAGACAAAUUUAAAGAAUUAUUUGAGCAUAUGUGGAACGAUUGGGCGCUGCAAAAGACAGACGAUGAGAUCCAGAUCAUGCAUCAACAUGCUGAAACCACGAAAUUAUUAACGAUUUAUCAUUCGCUUUUGAUGUGUAUGAUUGUAAUGGGAUACGCUAUAUGGCUGUUUACGCCAGAAAUUUUCGGCGUUGUAUUGCCUAUAAACGAAUCUCGUCAACGAAUGCAAACCAUUCACGUGGAAUUUUAUAUUGAUACAGAGCGGUAUCUUUACCUUAUUCUAUUCUACAUGUGCAUCGUGAUUUUUCUUGCACCAUUAGUUCUUCUUGCCAGUUCCUCUUUAUAUUUGGUUCUCACACAACACGUUUGCGGCAUGUGCGAAUUGCUAGGGUAUCGCGCAGAGCGAUUAUUUUACGUUAUCAAGGAUACGGCGGAACACGAUUUAAAUCACGGGACGAAAAUAAAUCGCGAAAAUAUAGCCGCUUUUGUACGACUGCAUUACAGCGUUAUACAAUUUGUUAAUACGAUCGAAACUUGUCAUACAAUACCAUUUCUAAUGGACCUCGUAGGAAUAGUGAUUGCACUAAGUCUUUCUUUAAUACAGAUACUAACUAUUUUCGAAAAUAUAGAACGAGCUUGCACCUCUAUUAGUUUCAUAAUUGCAACAUUGUGCUAUCUGAUCAUACCUAAUUACAUGGGACAGAAAGUCACAGAUAUGAGCUCGAGCAUAUGUGAGAAAGUAUACAAUUCUGCUUGGUACGAUGCAGAUGUUUCAGAGCAAAAAUCAUUAUUGUUAAUAAUGAGCCGACGAUUGCACCCGCUCAUCUUGACUGCCUGCAAGUUUUAUCCGAUGUCUUUGCCGAGUUUUGAAAUGAUACUUCAAAUGGGGAUCUCCUAUUGCAUGUUUAUGAGACAAGUAUGA